AUGUAUCGUGUAUUUGAAAGUACCCACGUAAACUUGAUCACACUUUCGGGGUUUAGUUGCUUUUUGGGACGUUCUUUUAUGAUCUCAACUCACAAACACUCUUACAACAUGGAUCCCGAGGUGGACAUGGAUCUGUAUGCUUCAGUAUUUGAUGCAUACCACACAGAAACCUUGAACGAAAGCAACCCAUCCACUCCUACACACACUACUGCGUCCAUUGCUGCCUCGUACCUGCUGGAUGGCGGAAAAAGUAAUACCAGCAUUUCAGAAAACCUCGACUCUCCAGUUCAUGGAGUGUAUAAUGGCAGUCCUCUUGCACCGAAAGGCAUGACUAAGUUUGCCGUGAGAAGCAAUGGCCAGCAGAGUAUUGUUGAUUCGUUUAGUCAAGAUUUGGAGAGCAGCUUUGACCAGUUCUCUAUCGGCAGUUACCCCAUAACACCACAGAUACCGACACAGAGCCCAAGAGCCACUGUAAAGUACGAAGUGGACAUGAACAAUGACGAAGUUUUUGUAGAAGAUGAAGAAGAGUAUUCAGAUAGCGAUGGCUAUAGUUCAAGCAGAGUUAGCAACAACUUUCUUUUAACAGGAAUGCAUGCCAGCACCAGCAGCUUCACUUCAGACUAUGAUGCUCAUCCGGAUGAGUCGGUAGACAUGCAAUCCACUACUCCAAAUAUGAAUCAUCUCUCUCGCUUCAAGUUGCAUUCCAGAACCGACUCAUUGCAGGCAGACCCGUUGCUGGCAACGACAGAUUCAAAUUCGCGUCCAUUCAACGCCUCAUCUGCCGCAACCAAGAAUGCGAGCUUGAAUCCAGUCGGCAAUGCAGCUCAGUCUAAUGUAAGUGUAUCGGAUAGGUUUAGUGUGCCAGAUGACUGUGCUGCCAAUUCUAUAUUGGCACUGGCUGCCACCCUCAGCCAUUUAAACAAUACUUUUGCUCAUCGGGCUUUUGAUGACAAUCAUGCGGUCAGUGGCUUCAAUGCCACAUCUAGAGCCGCUGAUUCUAACAAAAAUAUUGUGGGUGGUGGCAGCUGUAAUGAUGUCGUUGAAUAUAAUUAUGGUCAUCAAUUGUCUAUUAACCCUGAUACUGUAUACUCUACACAUUCCAACCAUCAGCAUUUGCUCCGAAACUACAUGAACACUAUACACUCUCCAUACCCAUCACCACUGGUUCCAGAUGCCCAUGCAGAGCUUGUGUAUGUAGAUGCAGCCAAUCAGCCGUAUAACACUCCAUCGAAUGUAAAUUCACCCAUUGACAGGCAAGCGAUUCUAUCCAACGAACAUGCUUUACCUCGUGGAUCGUCUUCAAUCACUUCUCGGGGGGUCGUUUUACCACCUACUCAUGGCUUGCCAUCGGUUCCCAAACCUCAUUCUCCACCCCCGCCUAUGCCUACUCUCACUUCAUCCCAAUGGAAUAUCAAAAGUGGCAGUGGUUCUGGACAACAAGCAGCAUUCCUGAGCAGCAAAAACUCUUGUAUACCUUCAUCUUCAAUCGAAAAACUGCCUGUACUGCCACCCAAGGAUUUGGUUGUAUCAAACGAUGGCAUGUUCACUCCCUGUCGCGAUCUGGCCCAGAGUGCUACUCUGUCAUCUACCGACAAUGACCAUUCGCGUGCAUCAUUGUUUACUACUGAAGAAUCAUCACUACUCGAUAGAAUUGAAAUGUCGUCUGGCGGCGCUCUUUCUGCUAUACCUUUCACGACUCUGCCCCAUCUGGAAUCUCCCCCUGUUUCUCCCUACGCUUCUCAGAGUUUAUCCGUCACUUCUGAGCAAAAAAGCGACUUUACUCCAAGCCCUCAUGUCUAUCAGCAGUUCAAGGCUCAAAGCCGGCCCAAUAGUUUGAAAAGUAGAGAAGAUUCUAGUUUAGACGAAGAUGGUGUUUCUACUGCGUCAUCAGCAACCGCAGCCACUCGUUCUAAUUUUACUGUGCGAAAAUAUCAUCUACCUACUAAAUCAGAGUACUUUGGAUCAAUGCUUUUGGAACUGGAUCCUACUACAAAAAAAGCAUUAGCUGAAGCACCAGAUGAUGAUGGUAAUAAACAAUACGAAUAUCCUGAUGCAUUAGCUAAUCCGAAAGAAAAGGAUUCAAUCACUGCGUCAUUCUUGGACACGCCAAUACAAUCGGCAUCUGAAUCACUUUUGUCGGAUCCUUUGCCAAUUAUCGGGGAAGACAGACAGUCUUCAUCUGAAGCAUCUAGCCACUAUCAGCAAUCGCCAGUAUUGGUGAAUCCUUUUUGUCCACCUAUACUGGGUGACGAUGGAUUUUUGGAAGCUGGCAAUUUUUCCCGAGAUGCAUACAGGGAUAUCAUCCAAGCCAAGAUUCGCGAACAGGAACUAUCAAAAAAUGCUGAGCAUUCUUCUGUUGAUGGGGAUCGUAAUGCCGCUUCUCACUUGAGCCAUUUUCCUAUUCCAUCUGCUGCAAAUACUCCUCGUAUCAUGAUGGGUGAACCUCCUAUUCUGAGUGCGCGAGUUGAGCAGCAGUCUUUUGAUUAUGCAUCGAUUUUGGCCGCAGCAGAGGCACAGAUUGUUCUUAACCAAAAGUCGAUGUUGGCUUCCGAUUCUAAUUGGAAGCAGAUUCAUCCAAAUACAGUUACUAAUCAUCUUACCAAACGGCAAUCGUUAUUAGUGCUGCAUAUCCCUUCUCCCCCCAGCGUACCACCACCUGACCAUCUUCUUUCUCAGCAACAACAGCGAGAACGAACCCAGCAACAAAAUCGCUUUAAUCCUGCUCCGUUUGUACCACAGCGAACUCAUCGCACUUCACAGCUUAGUAGUUUAUCCAAUACGCCUUCUAAUAACUCUCAGCCACAGGCAUCGCUCUUUCCACAUCAGAAAAUAACAAAGCAGCAGAAUCAGAAUGCUGCAAAGCCCUCUCAACAACGCCCACCUACAACUCAGGACUUGCAGGCUCAAAGUGCACAGCGUCUAGCGUCGCUUGGCAUAUUCGAUCUUGAGCCCAAGGCUCGCCGCGAUGUGAUGCCCAACCCGAGUGACUAUUCCAAACUCGACCUCACCUCGUUUGAAACCCCCAAUCAUGUACGUGCACAGCGAGUUGCUCAUGUGGGAAAUAUUACUGGGCCACAACUUGUAUCAACUUCAAGUCGCAUGCGUACAAUCCCCAUCGAGUCCAUUCGACGCGAUCUCAUGGCAAGUGGUAAAUGGGAUGAUAGCAAUCACGAUAACUCUAAUUCUGGACAGCAACAAACACGCCAUCAAUCACGCAAGUAGACAUCAACUUUGACCAACUACUCAUUCUUGUUUUUAUUCGAGGUACUAGAACGUCCUAUAUAAUUUAAUUUGUUGAAUACAAUUACGAAUUGUUACAUCUAUCCUUGUCUGCGAGUUUCAAAUAAAGGAAUGCAUGUAUGU